AUGGAGUCGUGGUUCAAUGAGCGCCUCCUUGUGUGCAAGGAAUUCAAUCGUGUUCCAUACAGUCACCCUUGGUUCUAUGGCAAAGUCCACAAGUUUGUAAUGUGCCAUAUGGACGUUGCUGCGCGGAACAUAAUCCUUGAUGGUGAGGGAAAGAUUUGGCUGCUUGACUGGGCCCACUCAGGAGGUUACCCUAUCUAUUUUGAAACAGCUAUACUCCCGAGGACUGGGAACCCCGAAUUUACGCAAGGGCUACUGAAACGUAUUGACAAUCACCUGGAGGAAGCUCGGAAUCUACUGGUAGUUGGUUUUGCUUUGACAACAGCAGCGUGGACAAAGGCAACCGGGCAUAUGCCGGACGAAAUUUAA